UUCCGUUCCAGUCGUCCAUCAGUCAUUUUCGAGCUCAACGUAACAUAAACAUACUAAUUUUGUUCAUUAAAAUCGUCUAAAUAAUAAUGAUUUUAUUCUAAAAUAAGUGGGAAUAUAUUAUUCGAACAACAAUAACAACACGGUUAACGCAACAGUCAAGAAGUAUAGCUUUGAUUAUUAACAUUUAUAACAUAUCGUGAAAAAUUGUGUUGGAUCUGCUGCAUAAACAACAAUGGCCGAGACUGCAGUUCAACUACCGCAACCAUCAUCCCCAAUUAAACCGGACAACUCGGAACAAUCAGUGAUUAUUGCGGAUUCCUGUUCGGAAAAGCAAACAGGAUUUAUUUGCGGCGUCGUAGAGGGUUUCUACGGUCGCCCGUGGACUACCGAACAGCGGAAGGAUCUGUUCCGGAAGCUUAAACAAUGGGGCAUGGAUUCUUACAUUUACGCCCCAAAAGAUGAUUACAAACAUCGAGCUUACUGGCGUGAACUUUACACGGUGGAAGAAGCAGAUCACUUGACGGGUCUGAUAACGGCUGCCCACGAGCAGAACAUCAACUUCUACUAUGCUCUCUCGCCGGGACUGGAUAUUACGUACAGUAGCAGCAAGGAAAUAGCCAUCCUUAAGAGAAAACUGGAUCAAGUGUCCCAAUUCGGAUGCAAAGCAUUUGCCUUGUUAUUUGAUGAUAUUGAGCCAGAAAUGAGCAAACCCGACAAAGAAGUAUUUCAAAGCUUCGCUUAUGCACAGGUUUCCGUGACUAAUGAAAUCUACAAUCAUCUCAAUAACCCGCGUUUUCUAUUCUGCCCCACUCAAUACUGUAGUUCGCGAGCUGUUCCAACUGUGAAGCAAUCUGAAUACCUUAAUACGCUUGGGUCGAAGCUUAUUCAAAACAUUGACAUAAUGUGGACUGGUCCAAAAGUUAUUUCAAAGAUACUCACUAUUGAGGGUAUCCAAGAGAUAACUGAAGUUAUAAAACGACCCCCCGUUAUCUGGGACAAUCUGCAUGCGAACGAUUAUGACCAGAAACGCGUUUUCUUGGGACCGUAUUCAGGCCGGUCUCCUGAAUUGAUUCCGCUGUUGCGCGGAGUAGUCACCAAUCCAAACUGUGAAUUCCAUGCCAACGCCAUCGCUAUUCAAACGCUUGCCUUGUGGAGCAAAUGCAGCGCGGACACCAAAAUCAGUUCGUCAAUUUCAUCCGACAUCAAGUUGGAGACGGAAAACGAGGAAGGCAUAUGCCAGGAGGACGCACCGGCUUUCCUGUCGGAAAAUGUGUAUCACCCAAGGCUGGCGUUAAAGAAGGCUAUCGCCAACUGGUUGCCGGAAUUUUAUCAGGAGAAGGAGGCGUGGGGUCCAAUCAGUAAACCGCAACCUGCAUUGACAAUGGUUAUGCCUAUCAUCCCGAUCAUUCCAUCCGUGAAUACCUGCAUGACCCUCACAUCGACGAACACCACAACCACAACCAGUGCAAAUACGAUGACAGUACCCGAAGUUAACACAACCCAGUUGCAGUUAUUUGCCGACGUUUGCAGUACGGUUAACAGUGCUCCGGAAAACGUACCGGCACCCAUAAUGAACUCCCUGGUAUCGGCCACCAAAGUCAUUACCAAUGAAUCUCUGCCGAAUCCGGUUGCUGCGGCGGUAACCAACAUGUCCAUCCCGUCGACUAUUCCGAUUUCGAGCAUUCCAGUCCCAAUUAUGAGCAUAAAGGCCAUCGAUGGGACCGAGAUCGAUGGUACUGGAAUCGCUUCUGCGGAGGAACACUUAAUAAUGGAGAAGCCUGAUGUGAACGAAGACACAGUAGAACACGCUGAUAGUAAAGGCAAACCUCUAGAAGAGGACGCUGUUAUUGAGAACGAUCUGGAGCAGAGAAAGUUGGAUGAAUCGAGCGAAAAGCGAAAGUCUUCGUCAUCGGAAGUUCCUCUGGUGGAGGACGAAGAAUUCAAAACAAAAGAGGAGAUCGAUGGAGAAGGAAAAGAAGAUUUGGAAGUGAAAAUGUUGGAUUUGGAGGAAAACGAAGUGCGGAUGGUAGAUGCAAGUGAAGCGGAAGAGAAAAUGACGGACGGGGACGAGGUGGUAGUAAAUCAGAUUAAAAUCAACGUAGAGGACGAGGAUGUUAAGGUUGAUGAAGUAUUCAGCACAUCGAACCCGUCGGCAGUGACGUGCGCGGAACCGAUGGAGUGUGGUAGUAAUCUGACUUCCCCGAAACAUGUAAUGAAAACGCAUUUCGAAGAUGUAAUGAUGUCGGAAACUACAUCGACAAGUUCCGGGAGCAUGCAAGUCGAGAGUUCAGAUACGUCUUUAACGUCUAAUGCAGAGAUGCUUGAAGUCAAAUGCCCCAGCGACAAGGACAUUACCGCCUCCGACAUUAUGUUACUGUGUGACCUUUUCUAUCUACCGUUUGAGCACGGUAGCAAGGCCCUCCAGUUGCUCACAGAAUUCUAUUGGCUAAAAACCAAUGCCGUGGUAUUGUGCAAACAACGUAAUCGUAGAACCAGUUCAAGUUCCAAUCACUCGACCUGUACCAACUCCGAGGAUUGCAGUCAUUUGAAUGGUACUGCUGCGGUGGUUGGCACCACUGUAGCAAUACACGCCGCCGAUCUAAAGGAUGGUUGCAAUAAAAGUGAGGUGCAAGAAUGGAUUCGGCGAUCGGAGUCUUUCGGAAACGCUUGCCGAAACAUAUUCCAUCUGGCGCAGAAAAUUGCUCGCUGUGUUAAUAAGGAGCUGUGCUACGACUUGUUCUCCUACAUCUGGGACAUUGUAGCUGUGCUGUCGCUUUUGAGUGCUUACGUGAAGUGGCUUGCUUUGGGACAUUUUCCUCCGACCAUCAAUUCACACACACAUGGCGGAUAUACCUGGUUCAGCAAAGGAUGGAAGGAAACCUUCAUGUCCGGCGACCAGGAACCGUGGGUAUUCCGUGGUGGUUUGAUGGCGGAUCUGCAGCGGCUCAUCCCAUUAGAUGCUGGUAACGAUCUCUUCCUAUACAAACUGCCAGAAACGUCCGCCGUUAACCUGUACUCGUUUCGACCAUACUGCUAUCCCGAUGAAUCCAGUCUCUAUAGUGUAUGCUACCGAACGAUGCAGGAUGGCGAUGAGUUUGUCGAAAGUUGCCCCGAAAAUCUACGGAAUGUUUUGGCAGAUCGUUUCUUAGGACCAUUCCUGACGCUAUCGCCUCAAUUUUGUAUGGUAGUAGAGGACAACCACUCGGAGAUUGUUGGCUAUGCCUGUGCCGCGAUUGAUGUGAAAAACUUCAUCAGAAAUCUUGAACAGUGCUGGAUACCGGAGAUGUGUCUAAAGUAUCCGCUAUCCUUGUUGGAAGAACCGGAGCCCGAUGGAAAUAAAUCGCCCCAAGAAAUGUCAAACACCUCUCCACAAGCCGCCCGCGAAAGUAUUAUGUAUUUUCAUAACUUUAACAACGAUUACCCUGCCUGUGUUAUGAGUUCCCACCCGUCGGUGAUUUGCUGUCGCAUACUAAAACCGCACAUAAUCGAGGACGAAACGGUAUGCAAACGUGUUAUCACUCUCCUGCUAGCGGCACUUCGAACGCAUGGCACUUCGUUUGGUGCACAUGUCUGCGUCAACAAGGCGGAUCGUUUCCUAUAUCAAUUGUAUUCCAAGUUAGGUUUUGUCGAAAUCUACCGUGAUGAGUACGAUCCGGUUGUCUAUUUGGGACGAAACUUCUGAUAAGCGUAUUGGUUAAUGGUACCAGAUGGUUUUCUCUGUCGUGAUUGAUGCUGCUUGGCAUUCGGUAGGUACAGAUCAAAUAGGAUAGCUUACGACUAUAAACUCAGUUCUGGUAAUAAGUAGUGUUGUAGUUAUAAAAUGCUUGUGUCUGAUUUCUGUAUUCUUUCUUUAUAAUUAGAGACCACAUAAAACUAUUGGCGAUUUACCGAUGUUGGUAUAAAUAGCGCAACAGUAAAUUCUAUAAAAAGGCUUUGCGAAUGAACGUAAUAAACUGAGCAGAAAGUUA